AUGACAAAACAUCCAGACAACCACGUGACGACAGGUGUCCCUGUGGGGGGUCACGUGGGGACAAAAAAGGAACGCAGACGGUCACGUGACGACAUCAAUGUUUCCGGGGGCGGCGGCGGUCACGUGACGACGAGCGGCUAUUUCAAGGGGUCACGUGACCCCCCCGUCAGCUGCAGUCUGACGGUCGCCAUGAGCUCAGUCACCCCCUCGGGCUCUCCGUGUCUCCGUCUGUGUCUCCGUCUGUGUCUCUCCGGGUGUCUCCUGGCGCUCGGCUCCCGGGCGGCCACAUGCGGCUAUCAGUCGUGCCCAGUGACCAGACCGGGAAUGCUGAACGUCCACCUGGUCCCGCACACACAUGACGACGUGGGUUGGCUCAAGACCGUCGACCAGUAUUUCUAUGGGGCCAGGAAUGCGGUGCAGCACGCUGGGGUUCAGUAUAUCCUGGACUCUGUGAUCUCGCAGCUGCGGAGCGACCCAUCCAAACGCUUCAUCUACGUGGAGACGGCGUUCCUGUACCGCUGGUGGAAACAGCAGAACCCGGAGACACAGGAGGUGGUGCGGGAGCUGGUCAGCCAAGGUCGGUUGGAGUUCAUCAAUGGCGGUUGGUGUAUGAACGACGAAGGUUCCACCCACUACAACGCUAUGAUCGACCAAAUGAGCCUCGGCUUCCAGUUCCUGAACGAGACGUUUGGGGAGUGUGGGCGGCCCCGGGUGGCCUGGCAUAUCGACCCCUUCGGCCACUCCCGAGAGCAGGCCUCGCUCUUUGCUCAGAUGUCAGACAUCCUGCAUGAAGUCCACAUAGUGUUGCCAAACCUCUAG